AUGUGGAAACGAGGUACGUACUCCCAGACAGAAAAGGAGGCUCUAGCCAUAGUUUGGGGAAUUGAACAUUUUCAUCUCUACUUAUUUGGCGCUGAGUUCAUACUUACAACUGAUUAUAAGCCCUUGGAGAUAAUCUUCGAUAAUACAAGAAGCAAGUCCCCUGCCAGGAUUGAAAGGUGGAGGUUGCGAUUACAGCCCUAUGACUUCACUGUUGAAUAUCGUUCCGGGAAAGGAAAUCAGGCUGACUAUAUCUCAUGGCAUCCUCUGAAAUGGGAAAACACAUUCCGACACUCCAAGAUAGCAGAGGAAUUUUUGAAUUUUGUUCUAUAUACAGCAAAGUCAAGAACCCUAUUACUUAAACAGAUUACUGAUGCUUCAGACAAAGACCAUUCAAGAAGUAAUAUCAAGAAUGCUGAAAGGAGAGUGGAAGACGACUCCAAAAGAUAUAUUGACACAGAUGGUUUACAUCACAGAUACUACGUGACAGAAAGUUUUCCUCAUUUUAAUUACGUGUACAAUUUGGUGAAGGAUUGUGAAUUUCGUCUGCGGAAAAUUUCUGAUGAAAUUGAUGAAGUGAUGACACCUCCAAACGAGCUUAUAAUAAAAAUAAGUUUUGCUGACGAUGUCUCAAAAGAAGAUUUAAGAAUUAUAUCCAAAAAAAGAAGUUCAAAGAAACGGAAGGUACUCAAUAAAGGAGAAGCAUGUCAUAAGAUUUUAAUAAAAACUCAAUAUGAUGAUAAUACUGGAAAUGUACACCAUUCCAUAGCCGUGGUAGAUCGAAACCGAGAAAAAAUUCAGGAAGCAAUAACAUCGUGCUUGGAGGAAACCUUAAUUCGUACAUUGGAGAAAUGGAUAAAAGCAGUGGGGAGUGUGUCAUCAAAAGCUGCUUCUAAACUGAAUUUUGAGAUGAAAUCUGUGUUGAAACACAUCUUUAAGCUUAAUUUACCUGCAACACUUUCCAAAGCAAAGAGCGUUGUUCCAUUCACCAUCAAAGAAUAUCAAGCAGGAGUUAAUUCAUUUGGAUUAUGGAGAAAUGGGGUUUUUAAAGUAUUUGUUGCCUGUAGCACGGAUAAAGGCGAGCUCAAUGAUGAACUGAAAUUACGGGAUCCCGAUUUUUUUGAGAAAUAUAAACUAGAAAUAAAAGCAAAGAAAUUCGUGCAGAAAAAAACGUUGAAGCAGGGCGACGCAAUACUGGGAAAGGAGGGUGAUACAGUCUACUCCGCAACCCUAGGUGGCUUGGUGAAAGAAAAGGACAAUGAUGAUAAUAUAUAUGGUUUGACAUGCAACCACAUUUACCCCCAGAAAAGUCAAUCAUCGUAUGCAAGUCCGCACGGAGAAGAUUUGGAAAUUGGGAAAUGUGUAUAUACAACUAGAAACAAAUCUUGUGAUUUCGCGGUCGUUAAAAUUAAGGAAGAGUAAAAAAAAAGAGUG